ACCUGUUAAUUACGUCACUUACGCCUUAUGUUUAAGAUUUGGACAGCUAAAUUAAAAUCUGGUUUCGAUCUGACCUGUCAUGUCAGUGCUGCUACCUUGUUCAAUGUGCUACCUGCUAGUCAGUACAGUGUUUUGGCUCUGUUAUGUCAUGUGCACGUUAUUUUAAAAUGUAGUUCCAACGGAGCAUUAAAAUAUUAAAAAACGUAAAUCAAUUAGAAAAAAAAGUAUGCAGUACAAUCAGCAAUUUACUACGUUAAAUAUGGUAGCAACUGACUAUAUUAAAACAAAAGUUGAGUUGGGCAAAAACCAUGGCGGAUUUUUUUUUUCUUUCUCGUUUAUGUCAUGUUUGUUUUAUUGUUAACCAUUCCACUGCUGAAAGUGUACAGCCCUGCUUUAUUCGCGUUUAAUGUCAGUCGUCUUUGGUCGAAUUAUUGUACAGUAAUUGCAGUAUAAGACAUGCUAGGAGUCCAGUGUGUUUUUAUUUUUUUAUAAAUAAGCUACGCUUUUUAUUUAACAUGCAUUUUGUGUGUUGCUUUCUGGACCUACCAUAAAGCUUGAGGCUGAAAAUGGCUUUCGUUCAAAAGAAUCCGAAGGAGGAAAUGGUUGCUCAGUUUCUCGAUUCAGCUGCUAAGGGAGAUGUGGCCAGAGUAUCUUCAAUGACUUCUCAUUCCGAUAUCCUAAUUAAUGAAUCUGAUGAGAGAGGCUGGACUGCAUUGAUGCUUGGUGCUCGGAAUGGACAUUUUGAUGUUGUGAAGAAUCUGUUGGAAAAGGGGUGUGACAGAUCUUCUGUAAAUAAAUCUGGUCAAACUGCACUUGAUAUUGCAAAAUUUUGGGGGCAUAAACAUAUUGCUACUUUACUGACCAAUAAAAUUGGAGACAGACCUGUGUUUCUUCCCGGUGCUACUGAGGAGCAUGAAAACUAUUUCUGUAGAACCUUCCUAAACAGAAUGAGUGAGAAGAGGACACACUCUGAGUGGCUAAAAGCCAAGCAGCUUCACUCAACCACAGUGUACAUUCUCUUCUCUAGUCUAAGCCCAUUAGUUACUUCAUCCCGAGACAAGGAUCAGUCCAGUAAACCAGAUGUUCGGCUUUGUAGGUUCGGAAGAGAGGCUGUAGAAGAACUUUUGGGUAAACCUGAAGCCAUUUUGAUUUUCCUUGGGAUUGAGAUGCAAAAAACAAAUGUAGGUUCUUUGAAAGAAAGUGUGCUAAAUGGUGAAGAUGGGCUGAUCGCUUGGUUUGCCUUAAAUGUAGAUGACAUUCCUGUAGCAAAAUUUAAACUCAAAUAUCCUGACUGCUGCCUCAUUCAAGCACCCAUGCCUGGUCUUCUGCAGCUAACUGAGGAGGAAGCAGGUGUUGUUGCACAGGCAAGGUCAGUUCUUGCCUGGCACAGCAGAUACAGUUUCUGCCCUACAUGUGGGAGUGGAACUAAAGUCGGAGAGGGUGGUUACAAGAGGUCUUGUUUGAAAGAAGAUUGCAAGAGUCUCCAAGGCAUCCACAAUACAUCCUAUCCUCGAGUUGAUCCAGUUGUUAUAAUGUUGGUCAUCCAUCCUGAUGGGAAUCAGUGCCUUUUGGGCAGAAAGAAAGUCUUCCCUGCUGGGAUGUUUUCUUGUCUUGCUGGGUUCAUUGAGCCAGGAGAGACCAUUGAGGAUGCAGUUAGGAGAGAGGUGGAUGAAGAGAGUGGAGUCAAAGUUAGCCAUGUGCAAUAUGUCUCCUGUCAGCCGUGGCCAAUGCCUUCCUCUCUUAUGAUUGGCUGCCUGACUGUCGCUGUAUCAACAGAAAUUAAAGUGGACGAGAAUGAAAUAGAAGAAGCCCGUUGGUUCACAAGACAGCAGGUUGCAGAAGCUCUUGGAAAAAACAGCCAACAACCCUUCUCUGUGCCACCACGACAAGCUAUUGCACAUCAACUGAUAAAGCACUGGGUUGGCUUGAACGCAAACCUUUGAACUUCAAACAGACACAUUGCUUUGUCUCUGACUGCUGUUGUGGAUGACACUGAUAACCUUGCUGGUGCGGGUUUCAAUUAUAUUGCUUACCCUUUUAAGGAAGGAAGAAUAGUUUACAGUGUGGUCUUUGAUCGAAAUACAUGAAAUAGAUGGUUGUUUGUGUUGAAAUGACAACACCUUUUAAUGUAGCUCUGUAAAGUAAAGUAACAUUUGUACAAUUUUGAUGGGUGAAUUUGAAAACAACAAUUAGAAAACAUAUACAAAGAAAGACCAUGAAUAAAAUUGAAUUGAUAUAUAUCCACUGCUAUGUACCUUGACCUGAUUGCAUAAUUUAAAAGCAUUUUCUGAAUUUUUCUGCAUACAUCAAGUGCACCUUGUUGCAAUAAACAUAUACAGAUUUUA